AUGAGUGACCAGGUCUUGGGGACGGGGCUUCUUAACAUCAAGGUCGAUGGGAGGGUGAGGUGGAAGGUGGGUUCUUUCAUCUCGGGCAGGUACCAUCUUUAUGUUAACUGCCCUGCUUACAUCUCGUUUGGCAACACGAAUAGCGGUAUCUCCGUUGGACCCGCCGUUAAAUAUCAGCUGGCGCAGAUCUGCCACGUUGACGUUUGA